UCCCCGGGAGAGCGGCGCGGGACCCGCGGAGCCGGCGCCCGGGAUAUCCGAGCAUCUCCCCGUCGCCCCGCAGGCAUAUGUGGAGAAGUAUGUUGUGAAGAAUUAUUUCUACUAUUACCUGUUCCGUCUUUCAGCUGCUUUGGGUCAAGAAGUGUUCUACAUCACCUUUCUGCCCUUCACUCACUGGAAUAUCGACCCGUACUUGUCCAGGAGGCUGGUCAUGAUAUGGGUUUUGGUGAUGUACAUUGGUCAGGUGGCCAAGGACAUCUUGAAGUGGCCCCGGCCCUCCUCCCCUCCUGUCGUGAAGCUGGAAAAGAGGAUAAUUGCAGAGUAUGGAAUGCCAUCCACCCAUGCCAUGGCGGCCACCGCUAUUUCCUUCACCUUGCUCAUCUCCACCAUGGACAGGUACCAGUAUCCCUUUGCCUUGGGGCUGACAAUGGCUGUGGCGUUUUCUACCUUGGUGUGUCUCAGCAGGCUCUACACAGGGAUGCACACAGUCCUGGACGUGCUGGGUGGCGUCUUGAUCACUGCGCUCCUCAUCGUCCUCACCUACCCCGCCUGGACGCUGCUCGACUUCCUGGACUCGGCCAGCCCCCUGUUCCCCGUGUGCGUCAUCGUUGUGCCGUUUGUCCUCUGCUACAACUACCCCGCGUCCGAUUACUACAGCCCCACCCGCGCCGACACCACCACCGUCGUGGCCGCCGGGGCCGGAGUGACGCUGGGGUUCUGGAUCAACCACUUCUUCCAGCUCGCGUCCGCGCCGGCCGCGUCUCUGCCUGUCCUUCAGCACAUCCCCCCGCUGACCGCCGACAUGCUCGUGCUGGGUCUGAUCAAAUUCAUGGUGGGAAUCGGGUUGAUCCUCUUGGUGCGUCAACUCGUACAAAACCUCUCUCUGCAGGUGUUGUUCUCCUGGUUCAAGGUGGUCACAAGGAACAAGGAGGCCAGGCGGAGACUGGAGAUCGAGGUCCCUUACAAAUUCGUCACCUACACGUCUGUUGGCAUCUGUGCCACAACCUUUGUGCCCAUGUUGCACAGGUUUCUGGGACUGCCCUGAGCCUCCAACAGUUGGAGAUUUGUCUGUGGAUGUGAGAGGAGAGCUGUUAGGGGGAAACCAUCUUGACAGGUCCUGAUUCUUUAAGGAAAAGCAAGUCCUGUGUUUGCUGUGGCUGGUAUGAUGUGUGCUGUCAUUCUAGGACUUUGGACGUAGGGUAAUAAGGAAUUCGACCACUUCUUCUCAGUUACAACCUUCCCUGAUACUGAGUCUCAUUUCCCACACUGGAAUGGGCGAUGCCAUGUAAAACUUCAUUCCUUGGACAGGGUGACUUCCUGUGUUAACGAUCAGAUUAGAUUGUGCCGGGUUGGGUGGAAAGACCGCUCGGGAGCAGAGCUUCCUGCGAGGACACUAAAGGAGGUAACGGAGCUAUGAGACCACCGGGAGGAGCUCACUUGCCAUCUCCUUCAGGUGAUCAUAUUGAAGCAGGAAGCCAUUCUUCCUGAUUAAUAUAUUUUGCAGGAAUCCCGCUUCCGGCAACGACACUGCUCACAGAGGGGAAGUCUGGGGCAGGCGGAGGCUCCUGCUGUCUCCUGCUCAGCCCUCAGCACACUCGGCUGUUCAGGCUUCCACAAAAGCUUGGAAGACCAUGGCUCAGUGUCUUCAUUCUUUGAGAGCCUGACCAAGAGGAGAUAGGUAACCCCGAUGUUGCCCCAUCCUGACAAGACUUCUUCAACAUCCUCCACUACCCUGUUACCGUCCCUUUCCUCCCUGCUAGCCAGAAUCAGGGGUUCCCUUUCAGUUUUCCCUCCCCUUAUCUCUGGACGAUUUUAAGUGUCAUCAAGCCAAGAACAACUUCAGCCUCCCCUGGGAAGCAAAGCCCAUUAGGUAAACGUAUAAAUUAUAUAAAUGCCAUAGCCGUUGGAAGUAGAGCGGUCCUCUGCAUAUGCAGGACGGUGACGGUGACGCUCACAGCAGAGUCCCCUCCUACGACUCCUCUGCAGAACAAGGGAUCCACAUUCGGAAGAGUGUAUGUAGAUAAGUAGUUAAAAGAGAAUGCAUUUGAGGGGUAGUGCCAGCGAAGCCAGUGAUUCAUGCUCCUAGCGCAUCAUCAUCACACACAUACACUGGGAAAAUUAUUCCCUUAAAAGUGACAGAGAGGGCCGGAGAGAUUGCUCAGUGGUUAAGGCACUGGCCUGAAAAGCCUAAGGACCUGAGUU